AUGCAGCAGCAGCAGCAGCAACAGCAGCAGCAGCAACGGCAGCAGCAGCAACAGAAGCAACGGCACCUCCAACCUCCAGCACACACGACAGCAGCAGAUGGCGCUGCUGCUGCUGCUUCUGCAGCCAUAAACAGCAGCAGCUCUGCCGCCGGCCAGCAGCUGACCAGAAGACACCAAGCUAGGCCUGCUCAGAGCAGCAGCAACUGCAGCAGCAGCAACUGCAGCAGCAGCAGCUGCAGCAGCAGCGAUUGCUCUGCAGCACAGUUACGCCUGGAUCUUCGUGAGCGUUCUUUUGACUCAUACCUGCCGCUCAGCAGCAGCAGCGGCAGCUGCAACUGCUGCUGGCAGCAGCAGCAACAGCAGCAACAGCAGCAGCAGCAGCAGCAGCGAACACCGCGAGCAACGGGCGCUGCUGCUCUGCUGCAGCGCGCUUGUCUUGUCCUGCUGCUGUUCAUAUAUAUCUGCUGCUCGCUUGCUGCUUGUGCCUUCCGUUUGCUGCUGAGGGGCUUUAGGGCUAUAGUUCCGACACGCCAGCAGCAGCAGCAGCAGCAGCAGCAGCAGCAGCAGCUGGCUGCUGCAGGGACAGGAAGCACCCUAGCUCGGGGAGCUGCAGAAGCAGCAAAAGCAGCUGGCGCUGCAGCAGUUGCUGCUGCAGCGCCUCCCCACUUGUUGAUUGUUUUUAGCAGCGACGAGCUGCUGCUGCUCCUAGCGGCCGAGAGGCUGCGUGCUGCUGCGGCUGCUGCAGCAGCAGAAGACCCUGAAACGGCAGCAGCAGCAGCAGCAGCAGCAGCAGAUAGCAGCAGCAUAUGCGUUAAGGAGCUGCUGCUGCCUGCUGUUGUUGCUGCUUUUGCUGCGGGGCUGCGGCACCUUACCUUCAGUGACGCCCCGGGCAUAUCUGCACUGCAGCAGCACAAGCAGCAGCUGCUGCUGCUGCUGCAGCAGCUGGGCUUCGAGACUUGGGAGCAGAUUUCAAACCAGCAGCAGCAGCAGCUGCUGCUGCUGCAGCAGGAGCGGUGCUGCUCCCCCCUGCAGCAGUUUCCGCUGCCGCUGCAUUCCCCUACGGCAAUUUGUGUUCGACGCCGGCAGCAGCAGCAGCAGCAGCAGCAACAGCAGCAGCAGCAGCAGCAGCAGCAACAGCAGCAGCAGCAAGAUGACAAUGAUGUGCUUCAAGUUCGGUUUUUAUGUGGCUGCAACGGGCUGCUAGAGCUGCUUAGCCUGUACGCAGCAAAUCGUCUGCUGCCAACCAGCAGCAGCAGCAGCAGCAAUAGCAGAAGCAGCAGCAGCAGCUACUGCUGCAGCAGCAUCAGCGGCUCGCGGUGCAGCAGCAGGAGCACAAAGAGCUGCUGCUGCGGCAGCGACAGGCUUAUCAGCAGCUGCCUGUGCUGCUGCAGUGGCAGCAGCAGCAGCAGGAGCAGCAGCAGAGACUGCAGCCCGUCGCGCAGCAGAAGCAUGAGCCACGAUGCUGCAGCAACAACCAGCAGCAGCAGAAGCAGCGAAAGCAGCAGCAGCAGCAACGGAGACACUCCUCGCGAGUGGCAGCAAACUAGCACCUGCAGCAGCACAGCAUGCACGGCGGCGCUGCAGCAGCUUCCUGCUGUUGCUGCUGGUGCGGUGGAGCAGCAGGACUGCAGCAGCAAGGCCCGCAGCAGCAGCAGCAGCAGCAGCAGCAGCAGCAGCAGCAGCAAGUACACGCUGCCCAGCGAGGACGUGAUUAGCGCUGCUGCACUGUACAGACAGCUGUCCGCAGGGGGCAGUUUUCCCUUUCCCCGUUGUUUGCUGCGGGCGGAGGUGCCGCUGCUGCUGCUGCUGCGGACUGCAGCAGCAGCAGCAGCAGCAGUCCUCGCUGCUGCUGCAGCCCAGGCGGCUCGGCGCGUAGCAAGGGCCAUCAAGCCCGCAUUUACCCCAAACCAGCAGCAGCAGCAGCAGCAGCAGCAGCAGCGGCAGCAGCAGCAGCGGCAGCAGCAGCAGCGGCAGCAGCAGGAAGCCAGCACGGCCACGCUUCGCCAGCUGCUGCAGCAGCUGCUGCUGCUGCUGCAGCUGCUGCUGCCGGCCUUUCUGCGGCGGCUGCAAGAAGAGCUGUCCCCUUUCGGGUGUCUGUCUCCUUUUUCUGCAUGCAGCGUCCCCCCGUUGCUGCUGGCGGAGGCAGAGCUCUUUGGCCGCCGCGUGCAGCAGCAGCAGCAGCAGCAGCAGCAGCAGCAGCAGCAGCAGUGGCCUCAGAGGGACCCAAGCCUGCUGCAGCAGCAGCUGCAGCAAACAGGGAACAUGGCAGCAGCAGUUGAUUCUGCUCUACUGGCUUUCACGGGGAGGCACCUGCGGCUUGGCCGGUGA